ACAGGCAUAACGAGUCGGAGUUUUUCGUCAUCGCGAUGUGUCAAACGCGCUACGAUCGUCCACAGUGAUAAAUGCCAGGGUACUUAAGGAAUAACAAAUAACACAAGCAACGUUCGCCGUGUUAACGCGUAAAAUGGCGUGGUUCGGUGAUAGUUUGUCCAGCCUCUCCAGUUUAAAGGGACAGAUCACGAAUUUCACGAAGGAGGUCCUGUCCGACGGUAUCGUUGACGAAAUAGACGAACGAUCAAAGGCAUUGAAGGAGGCGGACGAAAGAUGCAGCCAACUGCAAGAUCUGCUCACCACGAAAGACGCGGAAAUUUCUCUUCUGCGCCGGCAGAAUUGCGAGCUGCAGCGAACCGUCAUCGAGAUAAACGCAAAGUCCAAGGAAUCGAGGGACGCGGGUCAUUCCGAUGAGACCGAAGGGACGAUCUUCUGGGACCCGUCGUGCGUCGACAAUCGCAACGCCAGGAAUCAGAGUCAUGUACGCCAGUUGCAGGAGCAGUUGGCACAAGCCACCGUGAAAGUACGCGAAUUAGAAUGCGAGCUAAAGCACGUUCAGAAGGUGAACAACGCGUCCUUCAAGGAUGAUAUAUCCGACGGACAUCAGAAGGCUGAGGUCGUACGGGCGAAACAAGACAUGCUGAACCGUAUAAUACAAAUGGAAGAAAAGACUCGGGAAGCAGAACGAAACGCUAAACAUAUCCAAUUGGACGAAGCCAGUCUCAUCAACGAUUUUCGUUCGGUAAUAUCGAAAUUGAAUUCACGUGAGAAGUUCGAUUUGGUCAGCGGGGCACUGAAAGCUUUACAAAGCGAAAACGAGACGCAUGAAAAAAUUAAGGAGAAAUCUAACGAGGAACUCGAAAAGGCUGAUGAUUUCGAAUAUAAUCCUUUAGCUCUCAAACAUACAAGUUCGCAACAGGGCAAGCCGCACGAUACGGCUGAAGAACUUUUGAUCGACAAAGAAGAGAUGUUGCAGAAGAGAAUAGAGGAACUCCAAAGUGAAAAUAAAGAUCUUCUGGAUGCUAUGGAAAAAUUGGACGAGGAACAUACGCAGUCGAUUGAAAAACUAUUGUCGCUCAAAGAAGAAAGUAGUAAGAAGCAUCGCUCUCUACAAAAUGCGUACGAACAACUUUCCAUAGAUUACAAUGAGGCCCAGAAAAAAAUUAUCGAAUUGCGAAAUGAUAUGUUGAAAUACGAUGAAAAUACCCGUACAGAAAUAAUUCAUCAGUCUGUUCAGACGGAUAAUGCGGAUAAAUCGGACAAACACGUUCAAAUAACAGUUUCUUCGCAGGAAGUUGACGUGGUAUCAGAAACGAGCGGUCUAGACGAUAUUACCGAGAAAGUUAAAGCUAUUUUAAAGAACUGUACCAUAAGUAGCGUUGAACCGGGAGAAUCGAUCUUUGAAGCUGUCGCGAAACAGUACGUCGAUGCUAAAUGGAAACUAGACGUUUUGGAAAGGAAGGUAACGGAGCUUACUAGAGAUUUGAAGGAAACCGAAGAGAUGAAAGAUGGUCUGCAAAUGGAAUGCGAGGAACUGCAAUCUCACAUUGAUUCGUUAUUAUUAGAGAAAAAUAUGAGAAUGAAAUCGUGUCAGGGUUUAGAUUUGAAUUUGCCAUCUAUUCCUGAGGCAAGCGAAGAACGAGUAGCUUCUCUAGAAAUGGACGUUGAAUCUCUACGGGAAAAAGUAAAACGCCUUUCGGCUGAGAACAAGACGAUACGAGAAACAAAUUCAACUUUGUUCGCUAGACAAAGUAACGAAGUGCCUUUAUCAAACAACGAUAAUUCACAAGUAGAUAAAAAUAGCAGACUGUAUACAUAUGUAGAGGAAAACAAAGAGCUUCCAAUAGUUUUAGAAAAGAGUAAAAGCUCAAACGAAGAUAUGGUAUCGAUCGAGCAAUUGAAAUUCGAUCAUGAAAAGAUGAAAGGAGAAUUAAAGCUAUCGGUAUCCAAAACGAAAUUGUUAGAAACUGAUCUUGCAUCUCUGCGGGAUACUGUAAAUAAAUUGGCAGAAGAAAAUAAAGAUUUGUUACAGAAGAAUGAACACUUUGAGAUGCAAUUAUAUGAUAGGGCUUUGCAAGCACGUGACCUACAAGAAGAAAAUGUUUAUCUGUUGGAAAACUUGCGAGAACGGCUCGACAAAGCCAAUCGUGAAAAAUUAGAUUUGGAAAAUGAUAUUUCACACAAGGAAGAAGAAUUGGACGCGAUGCAUAUUCAAGUUGACAUGAGACAAUCUGAAAUAACAAAAUUGAGUCAUGAUAAUGACAGAUUAAUUAAAGAAAAUAUAUCUCUGUCAGAGCAAUUAACUGCUACGCACGAUGAAUCUUUGGAUAAGAUAGAGUUGUUGAACACAGAAAUGUCGGUGCUUCAGCAAGAGCAUGAAGAUUUGAAACAGGAGGUGUCGAUUUAUAAGGAAGAAUUACCUGUGCUGAAGGAAAAAUUAUGCAAGACGCAGCAACGUAACACAGAACUGGAAAAUAAAUAUUAUGCAUUAAAGAUGCAAAAUGAGGAAUUUGAAUUACAUAAGAAAGAUAUUCAAAGUCAAGCGAUAGAAAUAGAACGACAUGGAAAUGAAUCAAGUCUUAAAGAGCCGUUCACAGACGAAUUGAGCUUGGCACGAAAAUGCGAGCUUUUGGAGCAAGAAGUUGAAAUGCUUCGUAAAGAAACACAGAAAUUUGAAAAAAAUACGACGGAGAUAUCGUCGGCAAACAAAGAUAAAACUAAUAAAGAGGAAGAACUUUUAACUGCUGAAGAUAAUUUAGUUGGAGAAAACACAGGUACAGAAGCAGAAAAGCACGAUUUAAUGACAAAAAAUACGGCUAUGUCUGACGAACGACAAAUGUUUAAAUCAGUUGUCGAUGAAGAAAGGCGAGAAAAAGACGCCGUAAAAGCACAGAACAAAAACUUAAUGGAUGAAAUUAACGAUUUGCGCAGCAAGUUACAAACCGCUUUCGAGAAUAAUAAAGAGUCGGCAGAGAUGGCGAAAAAGACUAUUGAAGAUCUUUCUCAUAUUAUUCAAGAAAAAGACCAAGAGAUAAACACUUUACAAGCUGAGAUAACUCACGCGAAGAAUAUUAUCGCGCAGUCUUUGUACGACCUUGCCGCGAUAAAAAAUCAGAAAAAUGAGGUCGAACAACUCGUUUCUGUUAAACACAAUGAAAGCUUACAAUAUCAAAACGAGAUUCAAAAGUUGAUUCAACUCGUAAACGAACAAGAGAUUCGCAUUCAGGAAUUAAUUUCGGAGCGAGCAGCGAACGAGAUGCGCUACAAGGCGAAUGUAGAAAAUCAACAAAGAGGCCACGAUGGAGUCGAUCAUUCCAAAAAUGCCGAAAUCGUCGCUCUGAAUAAAAAAUGCGACGCCUUAGAAGCUGCUCUGGUGCAAGAACAGUCCAACACUAGACUCCUGCAGAACCAGCUUACUGAAAUUCAAAACAAGGAAGCCAACUCCGCUAAAGAACUAGAGAGACUGAGAACGCACUUGGUCGAAAUGGAAUCGAGUUAUACGGAGGAAGCCUUGAUCGCCGAGAAUAAUCGUCAAGAGUUAGAAGCGAGAUUAUUACAGGCUGAAGAAAAAGUGAAAAGUAGUUCGACCGCCUUCACAUCGGCAAAUAUCAGGGCUAAUCAGCAAGUGGAAACGUUGCAGCAACAAAUAGCUCUGAUUACUCAACAGAGGGAUCAGAUACAGGCAAAAUUAUCCGCCGCGGAGGACAACAUUCAGCUGCAGUCUGCCUCAUUGACUAACUUGCAAAUAGUUUUGGAACAAUUUCAACUAGAUAAAGAACGCGAUGUCAUGGCGGCUACGGAGAGACUUCGAUCUCGACUCACUGAGUCAUAUGAGAAACAAGAUAAAUUAUUAGAUGACAUGUCGAAUCUUCAGCAACAAUUAUAUGAAGCUAGAGAAUACUUGAAAGCUGCCUCUAGACUGAGCGAACAACUCGAGAAGAAGGACGAACAAAUCGAACGACUCAACGAGGAAGUGGCACGAUUGACAGCAUCCUUAAAUUUCGCUGAGCAAAAGAUGAAAGAGGUGGUUGAACAUGACGAGGGAAAAGUCGACAAAAUUCUCGUGAAAAAUCUUCUCUUGGGUUACUUGUCUUCGGCCACGUCGGACAAGUCUUCGAUCCUCAGGGUCUUUGCCAACGUCUUGGACUUCACCGAGUCGGAGAAGGAUAAGACUGGCUUGAACAGCGUGACGGCGCACGGCAAUCAAACCAGCAAAAAUAGUGGCGUGUCUUUAAAAGAUCAGGAAGCAUCCUUAUCAACGGCCUUCGUGAGAUUUCUAGAAAGCGAAUCCAAGCCGAAGCCUCAGUUACCAGCUUUGCCGAUCAUGAAUUCACCGUCAUCGCGACCAGGACAUAACAAACAGCAGUCGUCAUCGUCAUCAUCGCCAUCGACGCAAUCUACACUAUUGUUGUCCAACGUCGCUCUUCCAACAUUCCCAGACUUUAUUCCAGCCAGAAAUACGGGAUCUAUUUUGAAGGAGGUGCUGAAGGACAGUUGAUAUUAAGGGCAAGGGCAUUGUAUUAAAUUAAACAUUGUACAAAUAACGUUAGAAAUUAUAAUACAUUCGAUUGCAUUUUAUAUCAA